AUGGAGGUGGUCGCGGUGUGCAUCUUGUGCACGGUUGUGGCGGUCGCGGCGAUGGUGUGCAUUCUCAUGGCACGGGCGAUGUGGCGAGCCGGUGCGCGGGAGGCGGUGCUGGACGCUGACCUAGCCCACGACAACCCCAACCUCACCUACAACCUCGACCAAAUGGAUGUUGGCACCAACAAGCUCUUUGAUAUACUUAACACGAUCCUGGAUAUGGGCAAGGUGGAGUCCGGGAAGAUGCAACUAGAGGAGGUGGAGUUCAAGAUGACAGAUGUGCUUGAGGAAUCCAUGGACCUGGCGAAUGUCAUCGGCAUGUCAAGAGGCAUCGAGGUAAUCUGGGACCCUUGUGACUUCUCCGUGCUUCGAUGCACAGCCACCAUUGGUGACUACAAGCGUGUCAAGCAGAUCCUUGACAACCUACUGGGCAAUGCCAUCAAGUUCACACACGAAGGCCACGUCAUGCUUCGGGCAUGGGCCAACCGCCCAAUCAUUAGAAGAUCCAUGAUUAGCACCCCAACGAGGUUUGCCCCCCACCGUCGCCGUGGUGGGGUCUUCCGAUGGCUCCUUGGAAGGAGGGAGAAAUGUAAUGAACAUAAUGGUUGCAUGUUCUUGCAAAACGAUCCCAAUUCGGUUGAGUUUUAUUUUGAGGUGGUUGACACUGGUGUGGGGAUACCCAAGGAGAAGAGGGAGUCUGUGUUUGAGAACUAUGUUCAAGUGAAGGAAGGGCAUGGUGGUACCGGGCUUGGACUUGGAAUCGUGCAAUCCUUUGUUCGUCUGAUGGGAGGAGAAAUCAACAUAAUGGACAAGGAGCCAGGGGAAGCGGGAACGUGCUUCGGUUUCAACGUCUUCCUGAAGGUCAGUGAGACUCCAGAGGUUGAAGAGGACAUCGAGCAAGGGAGGACGCCGCCCUCGCUCUUCAGUGAGCCCGCCUGCUUCAAGGGCGGGCACUGCGUCCUCCUCGUCCACGGCAACGAGACCCGUCGGAUCCUGCACACAUGGAUGGAGAGCGUCGGGAUGAAGGUGUGGCCCGUCCCACACACCGGCCUCCUCGCCUCGAUUCUUGACAAGGCGUGCGUCGCCGGCGGUGCCUCACCCUCGAGGGCGGCUUUGAUGUCGCCGCUGCAUGGCGUCGGAGGCGGCGACAUUGAUUGCACCACGGACCGGUGCUUCAGCUCCAAGGAGAUGGUCCGCCACCUGCAGAACAGCGGCGGCAUGGCCGGCAACCACGGCGGGCACGCCCAUCCCUUCGGCCUGCUCGUCAUCGUAGACGUCUCCAGUGGGAUGCUCCACGAGGUCGCCCGUGAGGCGGCGAGCUUGGCGAGGAUCAGGCAUCAGGCGCCGUGCAGAGUCGUCUGCCUGACGGACCUCAAGACCCCCUCCCAGGAUCUGAGGAGGUUCAAGGAGGCGGCGAUGUGCGACCUCGAUCUACGCAAGCCCAUUCAUGGCUCCCGGCUGCACAAGCUCCUCCAGGUCAUGAGAGACCUCCAGGCCUCCCCGUUCCAGCAGCAGCAUCCGUAUCAGUUCGGGACAGAACUGCCAGCGGAGGAUCAGACCUCUCGGGCGGCGCCUGAAAUCACAUCCGAGACGCCGGCGCUCCUUGGACUAGCAGACGGCAGGCCACUGGAGGGCAUGCGCGUGCUGCUGGCGGAGGACACCCCAGUUCUGCAGAUGUUUCAGAAGCAGGUGCUGACCAGUCUCGGAGCAGCUGUGGAUAUUGCCACGGAUGGCUCCAUGGCUGUGGCCAUGUUCACAAAAGCUCUAGAGGAUGCAAAUGGCGUCCCAGAGAGUCACGUAGACACAGUGAUCAGGCCCUACGAUGUGAUCUUCAUGGAUUGCCAGUUUGACACCACGUAUUUAACUGACAGUCUUCGCGCUCGUCCAGAAGAAGUGCAUAAACGCCUCGAACAACAGCUGCGGCUUCACCUUCAGAGUGUUCGGGAUCGUCCCCUAGUACUUACUCGUGGCGCCGGCGAGGUGCAGAGCGUUCAGAUCGUGUCACAGUUCUUCAGAGCUUGUGCCCGCUCGUGCCAUGGCACGAUUUCAGCUCAUGCAGCAGCAAUACCCGCAGGAAUUGGUGCCACGGUUGGGGUGGAUGCCAUGUUCGAGAACUCCAGAUCGGCGGCAGUGCAUGCACGACAGUGA